GGCUGUCUACGGCGCAACGCGCGUCAGUCGUUACGACGUAGUGUCGUAGUUCACAGUGAUAUCAGUCAAACGUGAAGCAGAAGCGAACCUAAUCGAGCACGGAAGUGAUAAGAAAAGCGAGAGCGACCGAGUGCGGGUAACAGGGGACGCGACGCGCGUCUCCGAGAUCGUGAUCGCGCAUUUAAUCACCACGGCGUCGGUGGUGCCUUUGUCUGCGACUCGACACGGCGGCAUGAAAUAACGACGGACCGGAAAGAACCAUCGAAGCGGCAGGCAGCGGCGACGUCCUGAUUCGAAGCGUCCGUGCUCAGUCCUCAGUGUAGGCUAGUCGGUCGCUCGGCGGUCGUUGUCUUAACAAAUCAUCUACGGCGAAAUUUCAUCCAUCCGAUAGAUGAGCAGUGUGGAGCCAACGUGGAGAAUAAUUCUGGAGACGAGAGUUCGAAAAGAAAAACAAAAUAACACGACUCUGACGAAUGCUCUUUCACUUGUCGUUGCGGACCUGUAAUCUAAAUUUCAUCGAUCACGUUGCGACGAUAACAUCGUCUUCUUCGAGUCGAGAAGUGUUGUUUCGGCAAACGAGGAGGUUAUCUCCCAGUAGGCAUCUGGAGAUUCGUUCUUUGAUUCGUUAUCAGUUUGACGUCGUCCACGUGCGCGAUUUCAUCACGAGAGGCUAUUCCCGUCCAGGUUAGGCGUUGACAUCGACGUUUACUAUUAUCGACAACCCGUUUCCUGACACGAGCUCUUUCGAGGAACGGCGAGGAUCUUUCUUGACAGAGCAUACGACAACAAAUAUGGCCGCCGUAGCGUCGUACGCGUGCACCCACAACUGCACGGAUGCGGAAUACCUACCGUCCUGCGACAUCCUCGGAGGCACCGACGAAUGGCUACCUUGGCACGAGAUCGUGGAAUAUUUCUCGUACAAUCCAUGGAUAUUCUCUCUGCUGGGUAGCACUAUGGUUGGCCUCACGGGUAUCUUCCCCUUAUGGCUCAUCCCUAUCCAGGAUGGUGUGGAUUUGAAAACUGGUGAAAACGGUGGUACUUUGAAGAUUCUUUUGAGUUUUGCUGUGGGUGCAUUGUUGGGCGAUGUUUUCCUACAUCUUCUACCGGAAGCAUACGAAAGUGAAUUUCAAACGAGAGCUAAAAAUAAUCACGCAUCUACACCUGCAGGCUUAUGGGUGUUGUCCGCCUUUCUGUUCUUCGUAAUCGUUGAAAAACUCAUCGCUACUGUAAACGAAGAAGCUCCGAUCAUUGUAGAACAGCAGACUGAUGAAACUCUGAUCAAGGAUAUGAAUAAAGAAAAAGAAAUGGAUAAUAAUAAUUGUAUCACGAUGACGAGCACUAAGAAAAAUAAUUUAUUAAAAAAAUGCUUGAAAAGUACAACCGAGGUACAAUUCCUGGAGAAACAAUCCAGUAAAGUAGAGUUUGCUCAAAUGCUGAAUGGUAUCAAAGAUCUACGAAAGAAUGGUUUUAAAGAGGCUGACAUUAUGAAAUCUGCAUUAGCAAGCGAAUGUCCUAAUGAUGGUCCGCUGGUUGACGAGGCAAAGAACUGCUUGAAGAAACUCGCGAAGACUAAUGGCUUCACAUCAGUGAUUUCAUGUGUUGACUCUCCAUGCGUACGCUCACCAAACAAUAUUGUUAAUCGUUUAACCGCAUGGGCAAAGAAAUUCACCUUCGACUUGUUUCGCAAAUUUUUCGAUCCCAAAGCCUUUCCCGGAUAUCUAAAUCUUUUAAUGAAUUUCCUCGACAAUUUUACUCACGGUUUAUCCGUGGGUGGAUCGUUCCUAAUUUCUUUCCGUGUAGGUGUCCUCAGUACGUUCACUAUUUUGGUGCAUGAAAUACCUCAUGAAGUUGGCGAUUUUGCUAUUCUAUUACGAAGUGGAUUUAGUAAAUGGGGUGCUGUGCGGGCGCAGUUAAUCACGGCUGGCGGUGGAAUCGUUGGUGCUUUGGCAGCCGUCUCCUUUUCUGGUAGUUUAGAGGAAAGAACUAAUUGGAUAUUACCAUUGACCGCAGGAGGAUUCAUACAUAUUGGUUUAGUAACCAUCCUACCCGAUUUGUUAAAAGAAACGAAUAUAAAAGAGUCUUUGAAACAAUUUGGCGCUUUACUUUUGGGAGUUGUUAUCAUGGCUGCACUGAUCUUUAUUUAGAUCAAAUAUAUUUCAUUAAAAAAUUAUAGCGAAUUCAAUUGCCGCAGUAUUAAAACUGUUAUACAA